AAAAUCAAACUUUAUUUUAACUGUUUUUUUAAACAAUUGUAAUUGCGAACCAGCCAUUUAAAAAAAUAAUAGGAUUAAAUUCGAGGAGUAAUAUCCGGUCAAAGGCGCGAAAUUCAUUUUUUUAUUGCCACAAUAACCCUUCCGCGCCUACAUUUUUAAAUUUGCGCUUUUAUCUGCUGACGGAAAUGGCUUGUCAGUCAAUAGAAUAGCACCUAUAUAUGAUACUACUCUUUGGUCUAUAGUAUAAAAUAAUUAUAGUCUGUCGAGCUAUUUUCGUCAGUAGAAAAAGGGACAAAUAUAAAAAAAUGUAGGAAAUUCGCGCCUUUUUGUACUGACAAACUUGUAUGACCGGCUACAUCUUGGAGGAGUAAACAACUGGAGACGCCUUUAAGAGCCCCUCUGUCGAAAACCUCGGCUUGACAUGGCUAUUUCUACGUUACGUACAAAUACAAAUAGUCAUACAUUUGACGUGCCCUCCCCCGCAAGAAUCGGCAGACUGUUUUGUACAGAAAAUUACAGACAAGGAGACGCCUAUACAAAAAAAGUAGUUUUAUAGGCCAAUAAAACUACUUUUUUAGUUCUGGUAUCCCCGUAGUGUCAUGUCAAUGUCACUGUCAUCCGCUUUCGCGACGCGACAAGCACAGCAGUCAUUCAUAGCACUUCGUAUUGUCGAAACUUUCGGAGCUUCGGGUCGGUCGGUCGGUGCUUUCAGCACUGCAGCGCAGCCAAGUAGGCGCCAGCAAGCCACUACGUAACUAGUACGUUGUAUCCCAAUAAUAAAUAACAAAAUGUUAAAGGACAUUGUGUGAAUUAACACACGUUAUUUUUGAUAAUCGGUGUAUAAAGUUUCCAAAAUGCUGUCGAAUAGACGCUUGAUUGCUGUUUGUAUGUUUGUAACAUGUUGCAACGUGGGUCUUUUAGUGUUAUUCUACAACCUGAAUGCGCACGAGAAAUGCUACGUCACCCUGGACGAGCAGUCGGUGAGAGCGGUUGUUUCCAACGAGUUCCUGAGCGUAGGCAUCGACACAUCAGAAAUCGAGAAAUAUGACACAAUAGACUUUACAAAGCCGAGGUUUAGAAAGCUAGCGGCGGCGUUGGCGCCCGCGCGGCUUCGCCUCGGCGGCACCAUGUCCGACCGACUGAUAUUCAGCAAAGAGGAUGCCAUCCCUGCGACAUCUUGCGAUCUACCGUGCCCCAAAAACUACUCCAAAUCAGUCUGCUCUUCAAUCCAUAUCUUAUGCGGCAAGCCCCAUCCCUUCUUCAUAAUGACUGGCAAGAAAUGGACUGAAAUCAACGAGUUUUGCAAGGCAACGAAAAUGAGGCUUCUGUUUACUCUAAAUGUAUUACUACGCAACGAAAGUGGUUGGUACGAUCAAAACGCUAUUGAACUACUAGAAUACUCCAAACAAAAAUACCACCACAUAGAUUGGCAGCUAGGGAAUGAACCUAAUUCCUUUCAUCAUGUUUUUAACAUAAGUAUCACCCCUCAAGCCUUAGCUCAAGAUUUCAAACAUCUCCGUAAACUUCUUAAUCAUUACCGCUACAAGCACUCUAUGCUAGUUGGCCCUGAUACUACAAGACCUCAGGAGAGCCGACCGGAAUGUCUGCGCUACAUGGUUGAUUUCCUUUCAAAUGGUUCUGACUACAUAAAUGCUAGGUCUUGGCAUCAAUAUUAUUUAAACAGCAGAACAGCAAAGUUGGAAGACUUUUGGAAUCCUGACACAUUUGAUUUACUAAAAAGCCAACUAAAAACUAUGCAUGACCACACAACACAGUAUAAAAAUAUACCAAUGUGGUUGACUGAGACAAGUAGCUCAUAUGGAGGAGGCGCCCCAGGUUUAUCAGACUCUUAUGCAGGUAGCCCGCUAUGGUUAGACAAGCUGGGCCUGGCAGCCACCUACAAUGUCACUACAGUUGUAAGACAAAGUUUCUUCGGAGGCAACUACAGUCUAGUAGAUAAACAGUUAAACCCACUCCCGGAUUGGUGGGUAAGUGUCAUAUACAAGAGACUAGUUGGUAACAAGGUGUUACAAGUAAACUGUAAGUGCUCACGCUUCCAGCGAAUGUAUGCUCACUGUACAAACAGAAAAUAUACCAAUGACACAACAGCAGUGACUAUUUUUGCUGUAAAUUUGGAAAUGGCUAAAGCGAAAUUUCUUCUAAAUGGAACUGCUUUGCAUGGAGAUAAUUUGUCUAUUGAUGAGUAUAUUAUUCAUGCUCCAUCAAACAACAGACAAUCUAAGACAAUUUUGUUAAAUGGAUGGCCAUUGUAUUAUGAGUCUUCUAUGCCAGAACUAGAGCCAAUCCACAUAAAGUAUGGUAAUCAUAUUUCAAUGCCGCCUUAUUCCAUUGGAUUUUGGGUGAUCAGGAAUACAUCUAUCAAGGUGUGUAAGUGAAUAUAGUGCAGUGUUAGGCAAGCUUUUAGUGAUCAAUGAGCAAAAUUUGGUACUCUUUGUGUUUUAUAUCUACAGAUUUAUGUAUGGACUUCAGUUUUUAUUUCAUUCCAGUGUUUUGUCUUCAUGUUUUAUUUGUUUAAAUGGAUGUCUUUUGUGAACUGAACAUGUGCCUGUCUUUAUUGACAUGUAUGCUUUUGGAGUCAUAGUACCUGUAAUUUAAUGCUUAAGUGUAAUUUGAUCUGCUGAUAAACUGAAUUUUUGUGACUAGACUGGUUCAUUGUUAAUGGCAGCUAAAUGGUCAUAAUUAUGCAAUUUCAAUAAUAUGUUGGAAAUAGAAAAAUCAUAGAGCACAAUGAUGAAACUGAGUAUGUGGCAAGAUGUAUACAGUGUGAAAAAAUACUGGGCCGUGGGCGUGAAACAUUCUUUUACUUUUAAAAAGAAGCAAAACUGCAUUUAAAAUAAAACCUAAUUCGCUUGUCUUGCGUGGAAAUCGAAAUGACGAAAAUUCUAAAAAGUAAACACUCACUAUAAUUUCAUAUAGAUAAUGUAAAAAUUUCUCCAAGAAAAUUAGGUCUUACAUUCAUCUGUCGUACAAUCACGUCUGAAAAUAUCAAUAAUAACAACCCAAAAAUAUGUAUACACAACCUUAUAGCGCAGGGGUUCCCAAUCUUUUUCAACAUGCGGCGCAGUUACAAGUUUAGUAUUUUGCAACGGCGCCCUUGUUUGUACAUUUAAAAUCACGGUCGAAAAAGAGUGACACGACGCUAUAUUAUUUACCGAUGCGAGCGCUCAAAUAGGUACCCGCGAAUAUUUGUGGUUUCGGAUAAUGAUAGAACUCACGGCGCCCCUCUUUACUUUCUACGGCGCACCAGGGCGCCGCGGCGCACACUUUGGGAACCCCUGUUAUAGCCCAUACCCAAGGUGUAUACAUAUUUUUGCCAUUUUAUCGUCCGUAUAAUCCGUAUACAUAAAUAUUUCCAGAGGAAACCAUAUAAAACAUCCAUAAAAUCGAAUAUUUAGUACACAAAAAUAUUUUUAGACAAGCGAAUGCAGUUUUACGACUCGAGAAUCGGACGCAGUGUGCCAUGCCCCUUAAACAGGCAUGGAACGCUACAAGUUAUGUUUAUUUUAGGUAAAUGAGCUAACUUAAUGUUUUAAGGCACUUUCCCUCAAGGGCCCAUUAUUUCUUUCCAUCAUGUAUAUUGAUAUUAUACAUAUUUGGGCACAAUAAUUGCAUUUGUAAAUAACUGACAACAACGUUUUACAAAAAACAAUUAAUUGUGUAAUAGGACAAACUUUUAGGGUAGACUUAAUGUAUUUUCUUCAUACAUGUCUAUUAAUUAAAUGUAGCAGUGGUUAUAAACUUAAUGUUAAGCUUGUAAAAACACUUUAUUAACAUUCAUUUGUAUGCAAUAUGCAUUUAAUCCAGUGCAUUUCCUUAUUAAUGCUAUGUCAGCUCUUUAGAGUCGCCUUGUACUAAUUCUAGCCAUUCUAGUUCUUGAUGCGACACUGAACACUUAUGCAUUUGAUAACAAACUAAUAUUAUACAUUCUACUAUCAUGUAACAUGCAACCGCCUUUAAGGUACACAAUUGCUGAAUAGCUUUUCUUGGAAGUAUUAAGGGCAAACCUCGCCAAUUGCAUGCGAUUUGUGUUAGGGCUCCUCUACACGAUGGCCCAGCGUAGGCCAGCCUAAGGGACGCAGCUAUGCGGUGGAAUGAGAUAGCAAUAUUACUUGCUCCCUCUAACGCAUAAAUGCGUCCCUUGGACUGGCCUACGCUGCCAUCGUGUAGAGGAGCCAUUACAUUGCGGCAUUUGAUCGAUUGAAUUCGUUGCACCGACUUACCCGGCACCGGCAGUGAUCUAUAAUGCAUUCGUUUUGUUUCAAGGCCUUUAGAGGCCUAAAAAACGCGUGGUAUUACCAAACGGGAUCGUAUUGCUAGUUGUCAAUAGAGAGAUAAGAGUCAAAAAGGAUGCAAAGCAAAAGGCUUUGCAUCUGCACUAGUUUUGAUGAAUUUUGUCUAUUAUUGGCUCAGUUGAUACCAAGAGGCUAUUUGCUUACUAGGGCUUAGGCAUUAUAUAGGUAUAAAAUAAUCAAUUUGUAUACCAGCAUCUAUCACAGCGCACAUGCGCACAAUAAGCCGAAAUUCUGUUUGUUUUUUGUUAUAAAUUAAUUAAAAAUUGUGUAUUGGCCUCAUACCAUUUGUCCUAAAUUAUUAUAAUAUGUAUGUCAAAAAUGGAGGAGUAACGAGUUUAAAAUCAAAGCUAAAAUUGAAAUCUCAUAUAUCUUCAGCAUUAUGUAUUGAAAUUGGCGGUUGGCUGUUGCAUUAUGGCUUGAAGGUUGCAAUUUUUCUCAAGUACUAGACACAUUAAAAUGAACCUUAAUGAAAGGUACUCAAGGUGCUCUUAACUUGUCCAUUAUUCUUGGUGAUGACACGUGUAUCAUUUUCUCAACAAGCUUAUUCUGUUAUUGGAAUUUGAGCUUUGUUAAGAACGGUUGAGAGAUAAAAUUGAGUUUAAAUGUGUAUGAGAGUAUUGAUAGUGUUUGCAAUUGUGCACUUGACAUUUGGCAUGGAUGUUUACUUGUUUAGUUCCGAGUGCCAUUUGUUACUAUUAUUGUGGCACAUGAACUUGUGGUCGAUUACGACCCUUUGUAAUGGUCAGAUGCUGGACUUGAAAUUUAUAAUCUACAUAAUAGAACUAGGCACUGCAUCGAUGAAAUACCUUGCUAAUAAUAUUAAUGCAAAAAUAGAGAAAUAUUCCUGUACGGAGGUUUUUACCAGAAUAUAGGGUAAAUCGUCUAUUACUGGCCACCGUCCGAUACCUAGCUAAGUGGCCACCUUAAACUAAAAUGGUUAAAGUAAGAAUUCUAUAUAUUUAUAGAUUACAUUAGUUCUGAAAAUUGACUUGGAUUGUGUGAAUAUUAAACAAAAUCCUUUUUACUAAGUAUAAGGUGGUCAGUUAUUGGAAAGUGGCCAAUAAUAGCGAUGGUUUAGCACAUUUUUAAUAUAGGUAGCUAAAAACUAUUUAUUGAACCAUUACUUCACUAAUGAAAACCUUAACGUACAUAAGCCGGACUUAAUACCAUAAGCAGUAUAAUGCAUUUUCUAAAAUACUGUGCGGAUUUCGCGGUGGGACGGGUGGGGGUCUAAAAGCGGUGACAACGCACGUCAUGGCAAUAGUAUGAAAUUUCGUGAGCCUGAAUGUUCAUACUAUUUGUAAUUUAUUCAUGCUGUCAGCUGUUAAACUACUAAUGUAAUCAAGGGCCACCAGACGGUGUGAUGUUUAUGCGCAUACUCGUAGACAUUGCCAAUUUGAGCCAAAGUGAACGUGAGUGCCUUGAACAGCAAUAUAUUUUAGGUUGCGUAUAAAAUGUCCUACUUAAAAAUAUUUUAUGUAGAUUAAAAAUAAUAUUACUGCCUAAGACUUUAUUCAUAAAAUAAAAAAUAACCCACCUACUUAAUGUUACCGUUCUCAUAUGACCUGAUGUAUCUUGAUGGAAUGAGCAAAUUCGUCAAACCUAGCUAUGUAUUUAUAAAAAAGGCGCCAACUUUUUAGUAGGUACAUUCUGUAAUAAAUAUUAUGUAUUUGUACAUAUGUAGGAACCUAACACAAGGAGUAUUCGGUUCCGAAGUAAUACUGUAGCGAUGGAGCUUUACAGUUAAAAUGUCGCUACAAAUGAAACACGUGUUCAAGCCGUAUGAGAACAUUAUUUUAUUUGACCAUAAAUGUGUACCCGGCAUUUACAGACGUUGACGUAAUGUAGAUUACUUCCAAUGUCAAGUCUUUCAUUAUAAGUAAAACUUUGUAAACAAAUUUAAUGAGGCUAUAUAAUGAACGGACAAUGAUAUUUCUUAGUUUAAAGAUGGGUCACGACAUUGUUUUGCCAAUCUUAUGAGACGCUGAUUUAAAUACAGUAGAACUGGCAUAAUAAAACGGUUCCCACGUAAUGAGCCAUUUUACACAAGUCCCUACAACUUGUUACACUUUUUCACGGUUAAAACGCUAUCCCGCGAUAAGAUGCGUUUUAGACGUAUUUCUUUAAGAAGGGUUCAGUACCCCUAGUGUACAUUUAUUCGAUGGCGUAACGUGUUAAGUCUCAUUUUGUAUGGGAUUUUGAGUUUCCAAAACGUUCCGCUUGGCGCGCUGUCUAAAUCCCAUACAAAAUGAGACUUGGGCAGUGUCUUACCUGAGCGAAUAACUCGCAAACGCGAAGCGGCGCGGCGCGGGUGAAUUCAAUCCUUUGAUACCUAUGGAAGUGUCCUAUGUGGGCGAUCUCCGAAUGCCGUUGGGCCGCCGCGCCGCGUCGCAUUCGCGAGUCAUCGCCCACGUUAACGCAAACGCGUACGUCACGUUUCGAAAUCGAAUAAAUUUACACUAGGGGCUCUGGUGAAAUCGGUUUCUCUAAUUUCAACUUGAAACUACUUCUAUUCUUAUUACGAAGUUACUUGAGCAAAUAGAUAGAAUAGUCAGCCAAUGAAGUGUUCAGUAUUUUAGUUUGAAAUGUCAAAAUUAUUCUUAACUUGGCAAAUAAGAAGAACGUAAAGCGAGUAUUCUAUUUAAAAACGACAAGCUUCCAGGUAUACUCGUCCUUAAAAAAAUUAUAGGUAGACUGUAUAAGUACCUAUUUAAAAAAAACCGUUAUUUUCUGCCUAUUACUCCCUUAUUGUCUUACAAGUGGUUGGCUUUGGAAUUAAAUGUAUUUGACUCAACAAGUGGUAUUUUAAACCUGAAUAAAUAUCAACAAAUUCCAAUGUAAUGUUUCGAGGUCAGAGUAAAAACGUAAUAUGUAUAUGUAUAAUAUUACAUGCAAAUGGGUAUAUUAUACUCCAAAAUAAGCAAACCGUUUCCCAUUUCUUUAGCUCUUAGGUACUAUAUUUUUGUACAAACAUUGUAGUUUUUAGUUGUCUGUUUACACAAUCUUAUGGUUUUUAUUUUGUAAUUUAUAAGUAAAUCUUUUUCUCUAGUGCUUGUUAGAAUAUUCGGUGCCUAAUGUAAGACUGAUUAGAAUACAAUAAAGUCGACUGUAUUUAAACGCAAUCUCGUAUGCAUUGCAUGCAAUGCAUAUCAAACUUGCAUCAACAUUCAAAAUGGUAACCACACAUGAAUGUUAACGGAACUACGCUCCUUUGUGGAAAUGGAAAGGAUGGUGGAAGUCUCACGAACACUCCGCCAACACGCCGCUCCCAUACAAUCUAAGUUCCGCUCUUAUUUUAAAUCAAGCUGCAAUGACCUGAAACUUGUCAUGAACAUUCAAGUAACAUAUUAUAGUUUGUCAAAGGGCUAUCUCAUUUCAAACAUAGACAGAGGGAGUCAUACUAUCUUUGUCUUACACUAGUACUAGCAUCCAAAAGAAAAGGAUGAGUAUAGUUUUUAUUGUUCUUAUUUACUGACAAAUUGGUUUGACCAACUAUACCUAAUUUAUUUAUUUAUAUCAAAGAGUGUGUCAUUUUUUUUGUAAGUAUUAAAACGUUUACUCGCUCUAUUUCCUUUGUAUUACAAUUCCUCGAAACGAACGAACGUAGUUAUAUAUGUUACUUGAAUAUCCAUGCUAAGUUUCAUGUCAAUGCAGCAAGUCGUUUCAAAAUAUGACCGAUUGUAUGGCGGCGGCUACAUUCGUGACAAACUUGCGCUUGUACACAGUCACGCUCUGUGACUUGAGCCAUUUAGGAUAGGUACUAGCUAAUUUGGUUGUUCGAAACAUACGCUAUGGAAUCUAAUUUAGCUGGAACCCUUGAUGGCUCAGCAAUCAUGGAGCGUGACUGUACAUUAACAAACUUACGCUACUUCCCCGGUUGUUAGAUUAUAUUUUUAUCCAGGCUGUCUAAAUAGGCUAAUAAAGAGGUUGCGAAAAUUCAGUCGAAUAUAUUUAUUUGCAUUGCAUAAAACUGCUGAGAUAUAAUGUGGCAUAUAUUUUACUUGUUAAAAAAAUAUAAAUCCUAUAUUGAUAACGUAGUGAACUAGGCAUUCAAGUCGAUAAUUUGUCAUGAAGGACAGGGGUCAAAAGCAUUUGUCGUAUGCGCACAUUCCUGACCUUCAAAAUAUUUCUCAAAGAAAAAACCUAAAACUUAUUCUGUUUGAACUCCAUGUUCAAUAUAAAUGAAUACAAUUUUUUACUAAAUUAUUUAAAUGUAAAUUGAUAGUUUAUAGGUACCUACCUUUUCUGAGCGACUUUAAAUUGAGUUUGGUAGAGAAUAAUAUAGUACGUAAUCUAAUAGUAAAUAAGUACUUAUGUUUUUAAUUCUUAGGUUUUAUAUUUUUAUAUGAUAUACGUUUAUAUUGUUCUAGAUGUGGCCUAGAUAUGUGCAGUUAGCGUCAGUGUCUGACGGCCAAAGUGGCCAAAUAUAUCGUAACACCUUUGUUACCAUAAACAUGGAUGUGAUAUGAGCCGAUAUUUGAUGCUGGUACGACAUUAACAUUUGUAAUGCCUUGAACUCUUUGGGAACACGCCAAGUUCUUGAAAUUUACAUUCUCCUAAAACUUAAUUCCCGCCUGCUUUUAUUUUAUUGAAGGUCAGUAAGUGGAUAUAGUACAUACACGAAUUUUGGCACGAUAAGUUUUUAACGUUUUUAUCCGACUGACGAAUAGAGAGAUUAGAAAUGUUCGAGUGUAUGAAACUGGUUGUGUGACGUGUGUAUAGAAAUAGUUAUUUCCGAUACAAAUGCAGACAAUAGGAAAUUCAUAACGAGUAAUGAUAAAUUAAAAUGCCACCGAAGGGACUGUUGUAAAUCGACACGAGUUGCGAAUGAACUAUUCGCACGUGAAUCGUACAACGUUUUACAGUACAUAUAGCUCUUUAUCCUUUUGAACGCCACGCCUCCUAUCGCACGCGGCGCGUAAUCGUGAACCUUGUCGGUACGCAUGAAGGUUGAUAUUGGGCUGUAGCCGCGCCCGUCAUAUGACGUCUUUGGCGGUCAAAAGGUUAAAGUUUCGACACUGUUAUAAUACGUAACCUAAACAAAGGUGUUCAUCUCUAUGUUAUAUUAGGUAAUAGUUGUCACUGUUGAUCAAAUGGCCGUUCUAGAAUAAUAUUGUCGAUCUACUUAUGUUCAGAUUGUGCAUUGUGCACUGUUAAAUAUGUUACUUUACUAGACAGCUCUAUAUAUGUUCUUUAAUUUAUUUUUCUAGACAUUAAGUUAUUUUUUUUUUUAAAGAGGCACCUCCGACUAUCUUGUGGUUAGUUUGUUUAAAUACUGCAGCAUUAUUAGAGUUGGACCAAGACAAGUCUGCAACGAUUUUGAUACUCGUAGCACACGCAGUGCAAGUGUUAUUUAGACUUGUCUUGGUCUAACUCUAAUAUGUAAAUCCAUUGCAAGACAUGUUUACUACAAUGAUUAACUUUUGAUGUUGCCCGUUCGGAGAUUUUCUAAUUACAUUUACUCUAAGAAUAGGAAUACUUAGUGAAAACAUUGUGUCAAAAUACAACAUCUCUUUAUAACCUACGUUAUCUCGUUAUUAGGUCUUGAGAUAUUGAUAUAAUUACUUAAAAUAUACCUAAGAUAUGCAUAAUGUGUAUGGCCAUAAAUAGUAUAUAUUGCUAUCUUUCGCUAUAUUAAUUAAUAUUAUUAGUCCGCAACAGAGCAAUCAAAACAGGUCAGCGUAUGUUUUAAUUGCUCUUUUGCGUAGUCUUGUUUCUUCUUGAAAGAUAAUAGAGAACCUUUGUAAAACUUUGGGAACAAGUCAAAUUAUUUUAGCAAAUAUUUUCAUAUGUUUUUUAAAGUAGUCACACUAUACUUAGUCAGGUCAUAAGUUCUGUCAAAAAGGUUUUAACUGAUAAAAAAGCUAUAUAUAUAUAUAUAUAUAUAUAUAUAUAUAUAUAUAUAUAUAUAUUAUGUUGAAAGCUUAUCAGUCUAAUGUUGAAUAACUUACAAUAUACAUUAACGUAAUUUCCUGAGUCAAUUUGUAUAAUUCUAUAUAAUCUUCGGAAAAAUGUUAUGAAAAAACAUGCAAAAAUACGCGAAGUGUUCAAGGUGAUUUUGAUCCCUAUUUAUUUAUUUAUCUUUAUUACAUGGUUGAAUCUUACAUAAAACAAAAGCUGGAUCUUUUAUCUUUCUUAAAAUAUAUAAUUCAUGUGUGUUGGUAGAGCCAAAAUUGCAACUGUACCUAUUUUACCAAACCUAGUCGGAUGGCAGUCAAAAAUUAGCGUGUCACUGAAAAGUGACCUAAGUUUGAAAGGUAUUAGCUGAAGUAAAGACUUGUCAGAGAACUAAAUACUGGUGACAAAAUAACGUUCUAAUAAAGUAAGUUCAUAUAAAUAAACAACUGUACCUAUUCUAUUAAUGUGACACUCAUUUUUACUCCCUUUUGUGAAGUUUAAAUUUUCACAAUCCAGCCGCGUAUUCGCGUCUAACGAAAAUCCCAAAGUAAAUAAGUAGUAAAUAAAAACUUUAUAACAAGCUUUUAAAUCAUGGCAAACUUUUUUUUAUUAAAAGCUUUAUAUUAUCAGUCAAAACCUUUGUGACAGAACAUAUGACCUAACUAAGUAGAUGUAAAUUAUGAACUGAAGUAGAUGUCAUGUACUACGUCGUGAAAUUGGGACUGGUUCCGCCGUAACGGAGUAGCCCAGGGGUUCAUGGUCCGCGACAGCUAAAGACGUCUAUGUUAGUUUAUAACCUUUGUAAAGUUUCACUCCCUUGCCAAUCAUCAUAUGUCAUCAUAUUUGUGUUACAUUGUACAGAUUGUACUACUUUAUAUAUUUAAUUGAUAGCUCGACUUUUCUCUCCGGCAAACUGUGGGCUAGGCUUAAAUUUAGCUUUUCUAUAGGUAAUGUUUACAACCUUCCUAAUAAAUCCGGAGGUAUAGCUGGAUUUACAUACAUCCCCACAUUACAUGCAAGUUCUAAGUUUCAUUAUGGUUGUGUCAAUUUGUCUCCCAAUACUUGGAGGAAAUAAUAUGUGUUGUGUUCCGUAAAACCACCUAACUUUAGUCCAAAUGGCAGCAAUCAUUGGUCCAAAAUUAAUCUUCGUACAGGUGUGGCUACAGGGAGCGUGCAUGAAUGUAGGGCGCAGCACAGGAGCCAUUGUUUACUAACACGAAGUGUAAAUGUCAAGUUUAAGCUUCCAAUCGAAGAUGGCAGACCCAAGAAAACGUACGUGAACUGUAGAGAGUACCGCUUGCUUUGGCGUGAAGUGUCAACGUAAAGUUUAUGGUUCCGAUUCAGGCCACGAGAUGCCAGACCCUACUAUGCACAAGAAAACACGUGACGUGUAAAUGUACAUGUUUAUGGUUCCGAUUCAGGCCACAAGAUGGCAGACACUCCAACGCGCACGGUCCCUAUAAGUAUGUGCAAACAUUGGUAGGUAUUCAUUCUAUUAUAAUUAGUUAGACCAUAGUUGUAGUAUUGACUAUAAUUGAGUGGUUCUACAGUUAUUAUUCAUUAUGCCCGUUACUGUUAAUGAUCUCAUUUAUCAUCUACUUAAAUGACUUAGCUAAUAUAUUAUAUCUACAUACUUUGUAAUACAAUAGUAUUGAUAACAAAUUGUCAAAAUUGUACCCAUAGAUCUGCGUAUUCAAUUAAAUUUGUGCCUUUACUCGAUAAUAAAUAUUGCUGCCUCUAUAUCAAAA